AUGGAGAGGUCCAGGAAAUUUAUUAAACCAAAGGCAGAUGUGACAACAGAUGGAUUGUAUAUUUCAGUAAAAAUUUGUGGGGUGAAUGUAAAUUGUUUAAUUGACACAGGAGCGACAAGCACGGUUUUACAUCCUACAAAGUAUCUAGAUAUACCAAGCCGGGAUAGACCACGGCUCGAAAAGCGGAGGUAUAAUAUCCAGGUGGCGGAUGGAAGCGUAGUUACUCCCCUUGGCUCCAUAGAAGCUAUUCUAGAAAUAAAUGGAAAGCUAGUUAAACAUAGCACGCUUGUCGCUGAUAUAGAUGCGCCUGCUGUAAUCGGUUAUGAUUUUCUUCACGCGCAUGAUUGUCAAAUAGAUAUGGGCGGAGGCUCUUUGUUAUUCGCUGGGGAGAAAUUAAAGUGUCAGAGAGAGAGCCGCAUGGAGUCUAUUUUUCGUGUUACUAUACACGAGAAUGUUGUGGUUCCACCUGACUGUGAGAUGAUAGUCAUGGCUGACAUUCAAGGAAAAACACAAGGAGGCGACUCAGUUCUUGUGGAGUCAAAUAUGGUGCGUAUGGAUGCUGAAGGAAUAAGAGCAGCCAGGGCAGUAGUAAAGCCCGAGGAUGGGGUUAUACCUAUUCGGAUGAUAAACACAAAUAAAGAGCCAAAACAGCUAUACAAAGGCACGUGCGCCGCCUAUGGAGAACAAGUCACUGUAGGAACUCAGCAUGGGAAGGCGUAUGGGGACGACCGGAUUAAUUCGCUUAAAGAGACGAAUGAGUUACCUGCACAUUUAGAGGACAUGUUCAACCGGUGUAGGGAGCAGGUGGAACCGGACAAACAUGAGGCAAUAAAGAAUUUACUCAUAGCAUAUCAAGAUGAUUUUGCCAAAUCAAAGAAUGACCUUGGGCGGACAAACUUAGUACAACACAGGGUGGAUACUGGCACUGCGCCACCCGUUAAACAGCGACCAAGACGUUUAGCACUGAGCAAGCGAGAAGCUGCAGCUAAGGAGGUGGAUCGGAUGCUGGAGAAUGGGAUCAUUGAACCUAGCACAAGUGCAUGGGCAUCGCCUGUGGUGCUAGGUGUUAAAGCGGGAGAACACUUGGCGUUAUGCGCUUGA